ACUUUAUUACGUCUGGCCACACUGUUUUGAAUUUGCUGCGAUAACCUAUCGAUUUUCAAACAGCUGUCGCAGCAUUGCCAUACUGAAAUUCAUAUUAGACCGCUUUCACAUUUUGUUUACAUUAUAAAACUAUUAUUUCAAAAGCAACGCAGCACAAUGGACUGGAUGCCGGUAUUAUUAUGUGGACUAUCGGUGCCUAUAUCGCUGUUCAUGUGGCUGGGCAACGUGGCAUUCUCAAAAUUCUGGAGCAACGGCCAUGAAGAAUUGCAAGUGAUUUCACCUGCCCGCUGGCUCUUCUCCACAUUGGCACCGCUGGCCUUGAUGCUAGUGGCGCUGCGUCGGCGUUCCGUAAACAAAUCCGGCGCGGUGUUAGGCAUAAUUGUUGCCUUUGCGCUGUCCAUAGCAAGUCAUCCGUUCUUUGCCAGCCUGGUGGUGUUCUUCUUCAGCUCGUCGCGUGCUACCAAAUUCCGUGCGCACUCGAAGCGCAAAUUCGAGCAUGACUUCAAGGAAGGCGAAGGACAACGCAAUUGGGUGCAGGUGCUAUGCAAUGGCGGCAUGGCUACGCAGCUGGCGCUGCUCUAUUUGCUGGACUGCGGCAGUGGCGAGCGUGCCAUAGACUUUGCCAGGGAGUAUCGCUCCAGCUGGCUGGGCAUAGCGGUCAUGAGCUCCUUUGCCUGCUGCAACGGCGACACCUGGAGCAGUGAACUGGGCAGCGUGCUCUCCAGCAAGGAUCCCAUUUCGAUUAUAAGCUGGCGUCGUGUGCCGCGUGGCACAAAUGGCGGCAUUUCCCUCAUAGGCGUGCUGGUGAGUCUGCUAGGCGGCCUGCUAGUGGGACUGGGCUACUUCGUCACGGUGCGUUACACCAUUGAUGCCAAGAUGCUGCUGGUAAGUCCACCACAGUGGCCUAUUAUACUGUACGGUGGGUUGGCUGGACUCUUUGGCUCGCUGCUGGACUCAGUGCUGGGCGGUUUGCUGCAGUUUUCGGGCAUCAAUGAGCAGGGCAAGAUUGUCGAUGCGCCGGGCAAGGGUGUGCGCCAUGUCAGCGGCCUGCGCAUUCUGGACAAUCACAGCGUCAAUCUGAUAUCCAGCAUAGUUAUGGGCGUCACUAUGCCGCUGCUGGCGCAAAAGUUUUGGCCCAUGCGCUGAGCCCAGCUUAGACUUCUUAAUAGAUUCCUAUUUUUGUACUGCUUCCAAGCUAAAAGCGAGGGCGUUUUAUUGUACGGACUUUGAUGUAUCUAAUGCAAACGAUAGACUCGACGACAACGAAUAGAACAAAUGCACUGUUAACUCUACUUACAGCUAGCGCCUAAGUGAAUUCCAUGUUUUAAUGUUAUUGCAGCUACUAAAUGUUUACUUAAACACGAGCACUAUUGUGUUCGCCUAAAUAAAUGUC